AUGGAUGAAGUAGGAAAUAAUAGAGAUAAAUUAGAAUUUAAUAACUUACAUGAAGACAGUGAGGAGUUGUAUGGAAAAAAUCUUACUUUUGAAAGAUAUACUGCAGUGAAUAAACAGCUUGGUUCAAAGGCUUGGCUCGGUUUAUAUGGGUUGAAAAGGAAUAAUAUUGACAAGUUAUCUGUACUACAGAACAUAGGAUUCUUAGUAAAAGAAGGUUAUUAUCACUGUCUGGGCAAAUAUGUGAAGUCUUGCUAUGGUGAUAAUCUAUUUGUUAGAGUAAGAAAUGAUCAGACUGGAGAUGUUUAUAAUGUUACUGCUAAGAGGGGAUAUAUAAAGGAACUAAAACUUAGGGUUUCACGAGCUGUCGAAUUGUAUCGUGAUCGUCUCACAUGGUUAACUUCUGGAAGCAGAUCUAUUUUUGGUGUGUUGCAGGAGCAUUCAGCAAUUUUUCUUAUAGAUAUUAAAACACAAUCUCCAGAAAUAUUUUCUCGCUUCAUAAAGUCUCUGGAGUAUCUCGUUACUGACCAGUUGAAGAAAAUGAAACUGUUCAAUAUGAUUAGAUGUCAGGAUGAACCUUUUGUGUUUUCAAAUGAAUUGGUAGCCGUAGACGACUGUUCACUAAGAAACGUUUUGCAGUGGGUUACUGAAUUAAAACGUCUGACUUUCUUCAGUGCAAACUGUACUGCUGAGUGCAUAUCAAGUAUAAAUCAGCUUACAAAGUGCUUCGAAGCUAUAUACUUGAUAACUGAAGGUGAAUCUUCAAUGAUAUCACCAGGAAUACUUGAAAAUGUUGUUAAAACUUUAAAACAUCCUCUUCACAUUGUUUCUUAUGGUUGUGAAAAUAUGCAUAGCAUAGAAUAUUUACAUAGUUUGUGUACAAAUACUGGAGGAAGAUUUCAUGCAUAUUGUAUCAAUAUGCAAAUUCCAUUAUAUUCACCAAGUUGUUGGGAUGUAGAAAAGUUUCAACAAAUGAUUGAAGUGAAUAAAAUUGAAUAUGGUGGACCACCUAAAGGUUGGGGUCAACAUGAGGAUUGUGUUCUAAUAUUUCAAGAAUUAGAAGAAGCUAGAUCAAUUUUACAACGUAUUGAACAAAUACUUCAUGAUAUAGACUGUAUGCCUAAUCAAGGUAAUCAAGAUUCAAGUUUGAAAAGCUGUCAACCAGCGCCAUUAACAAAUACUUGUAAACUUGACUGGAAACGAGAAGAGGAUAUGUCAUCAAAGGAAUGGUUAAGUAUUCAUGGUUUAAAAGCUCAACAUUUAGACUUCUAUGAUUUAUUGGCUAGUGUUUCAUUUAAACACUGUGAUGGAGUUGUAAAUGUUUUAAUACCUCCAUUAGAUAAUGUACUUGACAACAAAAAUGUAUUCACUUCUUCUUCAACAUCAAAUAAUGAUAUACAUAAAGUAUAUGAGAAAAUUUAUGAUAAUUCUAUGAUAGAUCAUCAAUCUGAGCCAAAUUUAAAAACUUCUUCACAAAUAUGGUCAUCUCAUGCUAUUGUUCAACCGAAGCUAAUCAAUGCUCAAUAUUGCAGUAAUUUUGUACAUGUUCUUUGGAAAGAUAAUACAAUAGUACAUGUACAAGUUACACCGGAAUUGUAUCGUUUAUACUAUCAACGAAUGCAGUCUAGACUAAAUGCUAUACAACAACGGUUAAAUAUGUUAAGAAAGGGUUCAAGAGAACUAUUUGGAACAAUUACUGAAGAUGAUGUAUAUAUUUUAAUUGAUACUAGUACAUCAAUGUUAUCUUGUAUUGAAUUUGUUAAAGAAAAGUUACUACAAUUAUUAUAUGAUCAAUUAAAGUAUAAAAACCAUUGGAAUUUAAUUGCUUUCAAUUCAACAAUCAAUGCAUGGAGUAAUCAUUUACAGAGUACAACAGAGCAGAAUUUAAAAUCAGCUAUAAAAUGGAUUGAAAAAUUAAAUUGCGGUGGAUCUACAAAUACCUGA